AUGGCGACGCAAGAGAGGGAGAGAGAUCUGGAGCUCCUCAUUCCUGUCUCAGGAAUCUCUGAGAUUAAUAUAGGAUCCUCUAAAUCAUCCUCCGCUUCUUCUUCUCCCAAUAUAAUUUCCACACAUCACCACUCGAGUCAAAAGGCAUUUUCCAAGGUAAUUCGCAGUUGGGCCUCAAAGAAGUUUAUGUCAGGAUGUGUCAUCCUCCUUCCUAUGGCUAUAACAUUCUAUAUCACUUGGUUUUUUGUCCGCUUUGUGGAUGGUUUCUUCUCCCCUAUAUAUAAUCACCUGGGGAUCAAUAUUUUUGGUUUCGGAUUUCUUACCUCUAUUACUUUCAUCUUCUUAGUUGGUGUUUUCAUGUCUUCAUGGUUGGGAGCCUCUAUUCUCACCCUUGGAGAAUGGUUCAUCAAGAAAAUGCCUCUUGUAAGCUAUAUUUACUGUGCCUUAAAGCAAAUAAGCACUGCAAUAUCCCUAGAUCAAAACUCAAAUGCUUUCAAGGAGGUUGCAAUCAUAAGGCAUCCGCGUGUUGGUGAGUAUGCAUUAGGGUUCAUUACUUCCACGGUCAUGCUGCAAAGGAACUCAGAUGAAGAAGAGCUUUGUUGUGUUUAUGUUCCUACUAAUCACCUAUACCUUGGAGAUAUUUUUCUGGUUAGCCCAAUUGAUGUAUUGAGGCCUAAUCUGUCAGUUCGAGAAGGAAUAGAGAUUGUCAUAUCUGGUGGUAUGUCAAUACCUCAAAUAUUGACUACCAUGGGUGCUAAGGCUACUCUCGUGAGAAUGGGUUGCUUUGCAAGAUCAAAAGCUUUGCCUCACAAAUUUUGGGAUUGGUUAACAAGCAUGGUUAAGGAGAAGCUUCAAUUGAUUGAACCCGAUAGAAUGAGUUAG